AUGGCGCCAAUUACCGCGUCCAGCAUGGUGGAUCCAUCGCUGCGACCGCCCGGAAGCAACGCAAUGUCAAGCGUUCUGAACAACAUGCAAAAGCUCAACAUCAAGGAAAACUACAAUGCGGGUGGCAUUGGCACCAGCGUUCAAAACGAGCCCUCGCACAACGCCAACGUCAAGGCCGUUGGGGGCAAAAAAGUUGGUUUCCAGAUUCCUCCCGUCCAACCAGUCGGUCCUCUCAAGCCUGUCACGAACCGCCACAAGUAG